GGGGCGGGGCGUUGGGCGCGUUUGGGAUACGAGGUAACCUGAAGCUGCUCUGGUUAUCUGAUCGCUGCGGCUUCUUCACCAGAAACGAUUCUCUUGGUCGGUGUGGAACGUGCACGGAGGCGCCAUGAUACCAGAACAUGGAAGUGAACCAGGAUGUGUCUGUUAGAGAGCGGAUUUUCCACGACUGGGUCCGGGAAUGCAUCAUCUGCACCCUGCUUUUUUGUACACUGUAUCUUCUCUCAUACAUAGUUAUCACCAAGUUUAAAAAGCAUGCUGACUUUGCAACAGUUGAUGUUGAAGAUGCUGCUGUUAACAGAAUUGCGCUGUGGAUGUGCACCUUCACACUGGCAGUGGCCAUGGGUGCAGUACUUCUGCUUCCCUUCUCUAUCAUCAGUAACGAGGUGCUACUCUCCGUGCCCCAUAAUUAUUACAUCCAGUGGCUCAACGGCUCCCUCAUCCAUGGACUGUGGAACUUGGUCUUCCUUUUCUCCAACCUGUCAUUAGUGUUUCUGAUGCCUUUUGCCUAUCUCUUCAUGGAGGCUGAAGGAUUUGCUGGAUCAAAAAAGGGAGUCAUGUCUCGUGUAUAUGAGACCUCAGUGGUACUGCUGCUCCUCACACUCCUCGUAUUUGGCAUUGUUUGGGUUGCAUCGGCAAUCUUUGAUGAUGACUCAGCUGGCCGCGAAUCUCUGUACGACCUCUGGGAAUACUAUUUGCCAUACCUCUACUCUGGCAUCUCAUUAUUUGGGGUUCUUCUGCUUUUGUUGUGCACUCCCUUUGGCCUCUCUCGGAUGUUCUCUGUAACUGGAAAGCUGCUGGUCAAACCUCGGUUGCUGGAAAACCUAGAGGAGCAACUGAGCUGUACAGCCUUUGAGGAAGCUGCCAUCUCCCGCAAAAUAUCCACUAAAGCAUCCUGCUGGCUGAACCUUAACAUGGAAGCCUUACAGAAACGGCUGCUGGCCAUCCAAAGCCACAGAAUAACUCUAGAGAUGAGGAGGAGAGCAUCUCCCUGGCAGCGUAACCUGGUGUAUCCCCUCGCCAUGCUGCUCCUUUUGGCUCUCACAGGGAUUACUGUGCUGAUUGUAUGUGUGAAUGUCCUAGAACUUCUCAUUGAUGAAGCUGCUAUGCCAAAGGGAAUACAGGGUUCUCAACUUGGGAAGGUUUCCUUCUCUGUUUUUGGUUCUUUUGGAGCAGCUGUGCAAGUCAUCCUUAUAUUCUAUCUAAUGGCCUCCUCUGUAGUGGGGUUUUACAGCUCUCCUCUUUUCAUUCAACUCCUGCCUCAGAAGCAGAACACAACAAUGACCAAAAUCAUCGGGAACUGUGUGUCCCUCCUUAUUCUCAGCUCUGCUCUCCCUGUGUUUUCCCGGACUUUAGGUAUCACCAGAUUUGAUCUUCUUGGGGACUUUGGGCGCUUCAACUGGUUGGGAAACUUUUACCUCAUCCUCCUGUACAACAUGAUGUUUGCUGGUCUCGCCACGCUUUGUCUGGUGAAGAAGUUUACCUGGGCAGUACAAGCCGAACUAAUCCGCGCAUUCGGUCUGCAUCGCUUACCCCUCUCAGUCAAAAAAAAUCGCAGUCAAGGCAAAGCUUGAGUGAUCUAUGAAUUCAUAAAUGAGACCAUCUCUGGAUCCAUGAAGGAUGGAAAAAAAUUCCAAGGGAUCUGAUGUGCUUGUCGGGUCAAACGGAUUAGAGUUGCCAUCCCAUAUGUCUUGUGAUGGAUACUUCUGGCCUGAGAGCUGCUUGCCAUGUGUCCAUCUAAUGAUGAGUUUUGGCAGGGCGUUCUCAGCCAGAUAAAGAUCUUGGACACAGAGAAACUGUACUCCAUCAUUAAAACCAACUAAACCUGCUCAGGGGUAAAUAGACUCCCUUCCCUGACCAUUGUUUUAAUGAAGAGUCUGCUGCUAAAGAGGGGAAGUUCUUGAAGAGUGAGAUGAUAUCAAUGUGCCCAUCAUAUUGGUUGAAAUCACAAUAUCACAUUUUAUGGUGGAUUAUAUUCUGAUAUCCCCUUGAGGUUCCAUCUCUGCUUGUUUACAUAGACUUCACUCCACGCUUUGGGACCUUCUGUUCUCAUCUUAUUGAAAACUGUGCAAAGACUCACCAGCACCCUUGCACAUCCCACGCUUCCCUCUUUUUAUAGAGGGCUUCACGAGCCUUGGACUUGUGGGAUGUUAACUUGAUUUUUUUUAUAUAAAAGUUGCGUGGUGCUUCCAACAUAAUGUUGGUGUCUGUUGUGUUGUUCUAAAUGUGUCUGUGAGCGAGUGAUUCAUGGAAAGAAUGUUGUACCCUACAGCGGGCUUGAGAGUGGAUGCCAUGUCAUUUUAUUUGCGACACUGUCAUUGCUGCUUUAUUUGUUUUAUGUGAAUUGCAGUUGGUCUAAGCAAACAGUAUUUCAUAACGUAAUUUAUUUUGUGUUCUGCCUGUGGCUGAGACAGAGGGAGAAGUUUGCAUAUACAUUGUAUAAAAAGGCAUGCAGCAUGAUAACCAAAUUCCAUUUUCUUUAGUUACUGUCACUGCCUUAUCCUGUGAAUUUGGUUACUAACUGUCAUGGCUUCUGUUAUUCAGGAAGCUGGGAAGUAGAAGGAAUCCUAGGAGUUCUGUAGGCACCACCCAUACUGUAGGCUGCCCUGUUCUUGUUCUGAACCCUUCCACAAUUGUGCAAAAGCAAUAAGUGUUACUGACUGCGGCAGGAUUGUCCGGCCAUUAGCUUCACAGUUGUUAUAUUGUGUGAUCAGCCAAUAUGUCACAUGGUAUGUAGCGGUUCUCCAUAUACUAAUCCUAACCUGUAAGUGGUGGCGGAAUGCCUCACUCAUAAAACCAAUGCAUUAACCAACGACUAUUUUAGGCUUGGCCUAUUCUUAUGAUAUUCUGACAGCAGAGGAUCGGUGAGCGAUGGUAAUCUGUUGAUACACAAGUCUAGGAUAAGGUUCAAUUUAACAUAAUUACAUAAUAGAUCACAUUAGCACAGCACAAUCGUGAUGGUUUCCUUUUUUAGCAAACUUUUGGUUUAGCAUUAAGUUUGAGAAGUUUUUAAAAUGAAUGUAUUAAACGGCGCACACUUUUGUCCCGGGUCUUGCAACCCAUUGAAAUCAGUUGCAAGUUUUGCUUUUUAAAAAGCUACCUGCUUAUUGGUUGCUGUGUGUUUCUAGAACUAUAGUAAACAUUGCGCCUGAUCUUUCUCUACCCCCCACCCCAAUCAUUUUAUGAGCCAUUUUAUCUUAAAAUUUCAAACUCAUCAAGUGCCGGCUGCGUGAAAUGUUAAAACAUGCAAUAAACGACUGCUUGCAGAGUAGAGACAGACUUCAUGCACCACUGUCCACUGUACUGACUCACGUGUAUAUAAAGACGUUUUAACUGAAAAAAGAGCAUAGUGACGACGUUCUCUGUAUUUAUUAUAACAAUCAUUACACUAUAUUUUUAAUUAAGUUAAAACAUUGCUAAUUAUUUUUAUACGGAAUUUCUAAUUGUGUUACCAAAUUGCAUCUAAAGAAAAAUGUUGUGGUAAAUGUUUUUGUGUUUACACAUCUUGCCUUGUCUCUUGCAAAUGCUGGAUUAAACAUGGUCCAUGUGCUGCUUUAGAAUGUUUGUUUUGGUAUGAAAAAAAUGAAAUUCUGAGCUAUGAAGCAGUCUUUUUUGUUAGUUUUUUUUUUUGUUUGUUUUUUUUUAUUAUUUUGGUGUGAAACAAAUUGACAUAAUUUUAUUGUGGCGGGGCAAGAGGAAUUCUAGAAAAGUAAUAUAAAAAAAAGUCUUAUGAGUAGAAUUUAUAUCAAGAGCGGAUAUGGUAUGGUAACACCUUCUUUCAGGGACUUCUAACAAGGAAAGUAUUCUGUUGUUUGUGGGUCAUAGGUUUACAGUAAAAAAAAAUAUAUAUAUAUACC